AUGGUUAGGAGUCAAAUAUCAAUCAAACUUUGUAUUAAUUCAAGGAAAAAAAUGUUCCUAUAUGAUGGAAAAGGGUUCUCUGUUCUUGUUCUCUGAUCUUGAUAAUGUAGAGAAUUCUACAAUUCACAAGGAAAAAUGCAUAAUAAACUCUGAUAUAAUCCUAUGGAAUGGAAUAUAUGCAGUCAAUCAAUUCAAUGCUCAGAAAUAUGGAAACCACAUUAUAGGUGAACUACAAACUUCAUUUAUAUUUGAUGAGAAAAAUGAAGCAAUCACAACUAGAAAUUGUGGAUUUAUUGAUCCACAUCGGAUGAAAAGAGAUAUUAUUGUCGACAUUAUUGAAGAGUAUAGUAUUACCGACAACGUAACUAAAAAACUGAAAAUAAAACCGAGAAAUUAA